AUGGUUUCGAGGUUAGCAGCCCUGCUCCUUUCUGGAGUCGCAAUGCUGCAUGCGCAGGCCCAGACGCCCGUCGGCGCAGCAGAUCUCGUAGGCACCUGGACAAGCAAGUCAAACUCAACCCUGACUGGUCCUGGCUUCUAUAACCCCGUUGAGGAGAAAUUCACCGAGCCGAAGCACACAGGCAUCAGCUACUCCUUCACAGCUGACGGAUUCUACGAGGAGGCUUACUAUCGCGCAAUCGCAAAUCCCCAGGAUCCCAGCUGCCCCAAAGGCAUAAUUCAAUGGCAGCACGGCAGCUACGAGAAGCUCAGCAACGGCUCCCUCAUCCUCAACCCUAUCAAAGUCGACGGCCGACAAUUGCUCUCUGAUCCAUGCCGUUACAAAUACGCCACCUACACUCGCUACAACACGACUGAACUGUUUGAUCGCUAUGAGUACGUUGCGUCAGACGCCUACGCCAAGAUUCCGCGCAUCACUCUGUACAAAGCCGACGGCGCUCCCAUGAUGCCCAUGUACCUCGCCAUGGCCCAGCCCCAAAUGCUGCCAACCACCACCCUCAACCCCCUCGUUACCCAGACCGCCGCACCAAAGAACUCGAAGCGAGGCGAGCUCCCCUUAAACCACGAAGUCAUCUACAAGAGAACACCCGGCGCUGCGAGAUCAGACCAGUGGUGGUGGUUUGGUGUCUUCAUGACUGCCAGUGGAAGUCUGCUCUACUACUUUUUCUAA